AUGUGGUCCUCUUCCCAGCUGCCCUGUCCUCUCGCCAGGCCCCAGUUUGGCCAACCUGCCCCUCCUCUCUCGCCAGGCCCCAGCUUGGCCAACCUGCCCCCUCUUCUCUCCCCAGGCCCCUGCCCCUCUUCUCUCCCCAGGCCCCAGCUUGGCCAACCUGCCCCACUUCUCUCCCCAGGCCCCAGCUUGGCCAACCUGGCCCCUCCUCUCUCCCCAGGCCCCAGCUUGGCCAACCUGCCCCUCUUCUCUCCCCAGGCCCCAGCUUGGCCAACCUGGCCCCUCCUCUCUCCCCAGGCCCCAGCUUGGCCAACCUGCACCUCCUCUCUCCCCAGGCCCCUGCCCCUCCUCUCUCCCCAGGCCCCUGCUUGGCCAACCUGCCCCCUCUUCUCUCACCAGGCCCCUGCCCCUCCUCCCCCCAGGCCCCAGCUUGGCCAACCUGCCCCUCUUCUCUCCCCAGGCCCCAGCUUGGGCAACCUGCCCCCUCCUCUCUCCCCAGGCCCCAGCUUGGCCAACCUGCCCCCUCUUCUCUCCCCAGGCCCCAGCUUGGCCAACCUGCCCCUCUUCUCUCCGCAGGCCCCAGCUUGGCCAACCUGCCCCCUCCUCUCUCCCCAGGCCCCAGCUUGGCCAACCUGCCCCUCUUCUCUCCCCAGGCCCCAGCUUGGCCAACCUGCCCCUCCUCUCUCCCCAGGCCCCAGCUUGGCCAACCUGCCCCCUCUUCUCUCCCCAGGCCCCAGCUUGGCCAACCUGCCCCCUCUUCUCUCCCCAGGCCCCAGCUUGGCCAACCUGCCCCUCCUCUCUCCCCAGGCCCCAGCUUGGCCAACCUGCCCCUCCUCUCUCGCCAGGCCCCAGCUUGGCCAACCUGCCCCUCUUCUCUCCCCAGGCCCCAGCUUGGCCAAUCUGCCCCCUCUUCUCUCCCCAGGCCCCAGCUUGGCCAACCUGCCCCCUCUUCUCUCCCCAGGCCCCAGCUUGGCCAACCUGCCCCCUCUUCUCUCCCCAGGCCCCAGCUUGGCCAACCUGCCCCUCUUCUCUCCACAGGCCCCAGCUUGGCCAACCUGCCCCCUCUUCUCUCCCCAGGCCCCAGCUUGGCCAACCUGCCCCUCUUCUCUCCCCAGGCCCCAGCUUGGCCAACCUGCCCCCUCCUCUCUCCCCAGGCCCCAGCUUGGCCAACCUGCCCCUCCUCUCUCCCCAGGCCCCAGCUUGGCCAACCUGCCCUUCCUCUCUCGCCAGGCCCCAGCUUGGCCAACCUGCCCCCUCUUCUCUCCCCAGGCCCCAGCUUGGCCAACCUGCCCCCUCUUCUCUCCCCAGGCCCCAGCUUGGCCAACCUGCCCCUCCUCUCUCCCCAGGCCCCAGCUUGGCCAACCUGCGCCUCCUCUCUCGCCAGGCCCCAGCUUGGCCAACCUGCCCCCUCUUCUCUCCCCAGGCCCCAGCUUGGCCAACCUGCCCCUCCUCUCUCCCCAGGCCCCAGCUUGGCCAAACUGCCCCUCCUCUCUCCCCAGGUUCCAGCUUGGCCAACCUGCCCCUCUUCUCUCCAGGACACACACCCGCCAUGGGGUUCAUGGUCCCCAAGCCUCUAAUCCUCCGCCUAUUUUUGCUCACUAUACCUGA